AUGUCCGAGAAAUACGACCAUCUUCAUGCUAAGAACGUUGAGCUCGAGCAUGACUACCGCACCCUGAAGCGUAAUUGGGAGAAGUCUAGGGUCUCAGGCUCCCAACAUGAGUUUACCCAGGAUGUUAACAACACCCAGCUAGACCAGCCAGUGCCCUCUUACCACAAUGCCCCGAUCCAGUCUAGGCUCGGCAAGGGUAAAUGCCCUUUUUACCCAGAGACAACUAAGUCGCGGCUCCUUCACAUCUCCCCACCGAAUGAUCGGCCCCAUGAACCGGUGAAGGUCUACAAGGAUUGCAGGGACUGUAUCUUGGACCGUCAGACGAACCCUAUCCAUAUAUCUGUUAAGCUCAAAGACCCAAGGGUGGUACACCUAGGCCCCCCACCAAAGCCCACCCACCUACUAGUUGGAGAAGGUGUAGGUGACUCAAAGAACAGGAGGCAGUACUAUUCAGAAGACUACGAGUCUUAUCACACCGAGGCGUUCGAAGAACAUGAACCUUACCCAACCCCUGGCCACCCGCACCUCAGGCCUUUAGCACCUGAGCCCUUCCCACAUGCCGACCUGGCCAUGAGGCUUCUCUUUGAGAAGGUUCAGCGUCUAGAGAACAAGCAGCACCGCAGCCACCAACCCCUCUAG